CGCUCGUGUCCCGCGCAGCGCCGCGCAACGUUCGAAAUUCGAAUUCAAAUUUCAAAUUUCGAACUCCGGACACUUCGAAUCCGUUAUAUUCGUAUUCAGACUCUCGUGUGUGUUAUGUUUAGAAUUAGACCGUUUUUUGUGAAUUUGUGAUAGUCAGUUUGAAAUUUAUUGUGACAAGUUGACAACUGAGUGGUUAAAGUUCAAUUCGCGACCUUUGGGUUAAAUGGAUAUUUAGAUUUUAAAAAACUUUGUGAUAUUACAUUUCAAGUGGAUUGUGUGUGUUUGAGACUAAAGUGACUUGCUCAUUAUAAUAUUUGGACAGACAUGGGACGGCCGCUAGUGACGUGACAUACGCGAUGCAACGCGUCUCCGUGACGCAGUUAUCGACCGUCGAACUAGUGUAGUGCUCCAUCGAUACGUCAGGCUAUACCACGAAUGAACACACUAAUGCUGACGACGACUGGUACGGUAGACGAUCAGCCUUUGGACAGCAACAUGUCAUUUUCAUCAUACAACAUGAUGGAUUCCGGCGGCGCCAUAGACUCCCCCCCAACCUACCACCGGAGCUACGAGCAAUACGUUCAGGGCGGCGUCGAGAACAGCACCGACUCCACCCAAGAACAGACCAGCCCUGAACUAGUCGUCUGGUCUACCCUACCCUACGGCCUAGACUACAGAACGCAGUACGACUACCGGCCCUAUGAGACUAGAGACUAUUCUCCGCAGCAAUACGUCCGGGCGCCAUUUGCAACGAAGAUGGGGCAGUCGAAAGCGCUCAAGGAGGCGAGGAUACGGAGGCCGAUGAACGCUUUUAUGGUGUGGGCGAAGGUCGAGAGGAAGAAACUUGCUGAUGAGAAUCCGGACCUCCAUAAUGCGGAUUUGAGUAAAAUGCUAGGUAAAAAAUGGCGCUCGCUGACACCGCAAGACCGACGACCGUUCGUAGAAGAGGCCGAGAGGCUCCGAGUCAUCCACAUGACGGAGCACCCCAACUACAAGUACCGGCCGCGGCGGCGGAAGCAGAACAAGACGCGGCCCAACCAGCCCGCGCCCCCCGCCAGCGCGCCCCCCACCUCCGCCGCCCUCGGCUCCCCCUACGCCACCACGACCGACUCGCCCGACGCACGGUUCUCCCACAAUCCGGGCGCCGGCUUCUCGCCUUACAGAACCUCCCCCCUCGCCUCAGACUACCAGUCCAACCAGUUCAACGGCCACGUCCAAACUCCAGAGUCUUCCCCCGCGAGGUCACCCGAACCCCAAGGACGGAGGAGCGCCCCGGCCGAAGCCCCGCUCCCUACCCCCGACGCGUCGCCAGUAGAAAACGAGAAGGAGAACUUCCAGUACGAGGAGCGGCGAAGAGCCAUCAACGCUUCCUCCAUGUCCGAUUCCUACUCCCCUUACAAGACAUACAGGACGCCCGGCUCGUUCUCUCCGGCCCCUGUCGCCGCUAUGGGCAUGGCUAAUGGCAUGUACGUCAUGUGCACGCAAAGGACUUUAGCGGAGCAGCCGCCUCUUGUCACCGGAACGUUCUUCCCACCCGUCGCAACGUCCCAAGACCAGCAGGCGCUGGGCACGUCCACACCCAGGGUAUCCUCCGCUCCUAGCGGCCCGAUGAACGCGGAAUACAGCAUCCAGUACCACCCGUACGAAUAUGAGCAGAUGUACAAACAGGAGGACUCCUACGUCGCGCAAUCGCACUAUCCUGAACAGCCUAAGACCGAGUACGAUACCGGAGGCGGAUACUUCUCAGAAGAGCCGCCCGCCAAUCAGGAGUCGGAGCAAUUCAUGAACCAGCGGCCUGAGAUCAGGACCGGCUCGCCAGAGUCCGAUGUGGAUGCGAGGGAGUUCGAUAAGUACUUGGACUACGCUCCUGAGCAGAUGGAGCAGCACCAGUAUAGAUACGAGCAGCAGCAGCAAGGGUACAGGCCGCCGUACUGCCCGGAGCAGGCGCCGGGGCCGGAGUACUGUUCUGAGAGGAUGUACCCGUCGCCGUACGCGUCGGUGAUCUCGGGGCCGCCGCCCGCGGGCCCGUACCCCGCGCCUGCCGCAGCCCUGGCCGAGGCCCGCACGGAGGACGAGUUCAGCGUCAUCUUAGCCGGCGUCCGGCAGACGUGCUACAGCAACUGAUCCUCUCCAGCCUUCCUAUUAGUAGCCCAAAGAGUAUAUAUCCACAGUUUUGUGAUCGAAUCAAUGUUUAAAUUCCUAGUAAGAAUUAAAUUCUGAAUUAUGACUCUUGCGUUAGUUAGUAAUUGUAAAUGCCUGAAACGUUAUAAAGUUUUCGUAUGUGUUAAGUAGGAUGUAGAUUUUGUAUUAUAUUGCCGGUUGUAGGCGACAAUCGUGAAGUAUACUGGAUAUUUAUAAUAAAAUUAGGAUUUAUUUUUAUGUUGAACGCAGCAUAUUGACCAGUGAUUUAGAAUUUAUCUGUGAAAAUAUUUGAAAUAGAAUCUGAGUCUAAAUAGAAUUUUGUUUUGUUAGAACCGAAAAGAAAUUCUUGUAACGCUCACGCAAAAUUCUUUGUCGAGAAUCGAGCACUUAGUGAUUAUUUCGUAAUAAAUGUUAACUCGUUGGCCUGGUGGUAUAAUAUGCGUAAAAUUGGCAAAAAGUAUCAUGUUUAAAUUCAAUUUUUUGACAACUGCACUUUGGAAAUAAUCUAAUAUUUGCAUUUCGUCGGCUAAGGUCGUCACAAACCUCUUAACUCCUCUGGGAAAGUGGGAGGAGGUAUUUUUGGCUAAGGUUGCAUAUCCCUAAUUUCAUUGAAUUGGAUUUACGAGGUUUGCGUCUUUAGCCGACGAUUAGCCCUUUGAAGGCCGCGUCUAAUCGUGUGCGGCGCGCUAUCGUGAACCUUGUCAGAAUGCAAUAAGGUUGAUAUUCGGUUGUAGCCACGCGCGCGGCUUGUCGCACGCAGUUGACGUCUUUAGCAGUCAUAAGGUUAUGUAUCGUCGGGUGGCAAGCAAAAGUCACAUCAAAAAAUGAAAGAAACAAUGCACUUUAUUACACUUGUAACACGGUUUAUUGUCCAAUAAUUUCAAUGGUGUUAGUUAGUGACUUUUGCUUGUCACCCGACGGUAUAUAAUAAUUCAUUCUGAUUUAAAGACUUAUAUUGCAGUUUGCCAAUGAUUGAAAAAUCGUGAUCUUCGUAUUAUAUUGGUGCUAUGAAAAUGUCAAUAAUAACAUAAAAACUGUAUUAGCACUAUGAGACAGCAAUUCCUAUGUAAAAGAUUAUUUAUUUGUAGCUGUCGCACUUUCUAUAUUUCUUAGGUAAAAUGAGUUUCGAAAUUAAUGUAACUCUUAAUAGAGUUCUGCUGAAAUUCUAAUUUAAGACGAGAAAGUAUUUUUUACUAGUUUUAAAACUUUUGUUGAUGAUUAUAUCUUUAACUGAGAUUUUUGAAUGUCUGCCAAUAUUUACUUUCAACUCAAAAUAAAAUUAAAGUAUUGCAUAAAUUAAGUUAAUUUUCAAUCUUUCAAUAUGCAAAAUUUGAACGUAUACACUUUACUUUUUCUUUAUUUUUUAACAUAUUUUAAUAUGUAUAUUAUUUAUAACGGGUUUGACAUUAAGUUUAGACCAAAAUUCACGAAUUUGCGAAGGUGACCCGUUUGAAAUAUAUUUUUUUAAAUAUGUUAAACAAAAUAAGUCGCAUAUUAAUUUGAUUACAAGGUUUAAAAAUGGCAUCGAAUCAAUAGGUAAAUGUGUUGACCAAGAUUUCUGGCUUUAAAAGUAGUAAAAAAUACUUGACUAGAAUAAUCAAAUCAGUUCUUCCAAUAAUGCUACAGCCACACAUAUCUUUUUUCAUGCAUAUUUUUCAUUAAGAUAAAUUCAAAAAGAUAGGAAAACACACAAGUAGGUAUACAGAGUGGCCAAAAAAUAAGUGCAUUCUCGUUGCCAGGUUUUGGGGUUAUACUGAGCAACAGCAACUUUUACUAUGGGACCAACCCCGAAACCGCGAAAAAAAAUUGUCUACUCGUAUUUCAUACAUUUUGGCUGGCCCAUUUUCUAUGGGAUAGUACUUUUUUCGCGAUUUCGGGGUAGUAAAAGUUGCUCAGUAUAAUCCCAAAACCUUCCUGGCAACGGGAAUGCACUUAUUUUUUGGCCACCGUGUAUAAUGUACCAAUACACUAUAUUGUGUCUAUUAUUAAUUAUACAGUGUUCCUAAAGGCUACUUGCGCGUUCCUGGGUUAGCCAACUAACUCAGAGUUAACCGUUUAUACAGAGUUCAACUGCACUGUAUAAACGGUUAACUCCGAUUUAAGGAUGACUCACGUUAGACCGGGCCGUGUCCGGGCCGGAGCUUCCAGCGCAUUGUUUUCAAUGGGAAGCAUCACGUGAUCGCCUGUCAUGUCAUAGAAAAGUAAACGCCGGAAGCUCCGGCCCGGACACGGCCCGGUCUAACGUGAGUCAUCCUUAACCCCUCGAACGCUAGUGUCAAAAAAUUUGCUACUGAAUUAAUAACCUUUCAACUGUUUAUUACAGUCCAAAUUAUCUGGGACAGAUACGGGACAAGGCAGUUGAGGGGUUAAAUCGGAGAUAACCGUUUAUACAGUGCAGUAGAACUCUGUAUAAACGGUUAACUCUGAGUUAGUUGGCUAACCCUGAAACGUGAAAGCGGCCCAUAGUGAUUUUCGAAACUACACCGUUUUGUUACUACCCCGAUGCACAAUUAAGUGAGAAUAUGAAAAUUUCACUUGACUUUUGUUUCUUUUUUUCGUUCUUCUUAAGUGUGGCUCUGUAGCAUAUGCUUGUAGAUACUAGUUCAUAAGCCGUAUUUUUAUAUCAAUUAUUUUAGCUUAAUUAGUAUGAAUAUCUGUAUAAAUUGUAAGAUCUAAAAUAUCUCAUAUUGUACUAAAAUAUUAGAACUUGUUAGUUAAUAUUGUAAUUUUAACAAAAGACACUCGCACUGCGAAAUUAAGUUUUUCCUAUUUUUAAGAAAAUUUAUAAGGAGCAAUAAAAUUUAUAUUCUACAAUA